AUGACUUCAGGCUCCAAGGAUAGGCAAUUCCUUGCUGUUAUCGGCGAUGAGGACUCAGUCACUGGCCUCCUCCUUGCUGGCGUAGGCCAUGUAACGGAUCCUCCAGACUCCCAGCGCAACUUUCUCGUGGUUGACUCCAAGACUGAGACCAGCGCCAUCGAGAAGGCGUUCCGAAAUUUUACACAGGAGAGAAAAGACAUUGGUGUCCUACUCAUAAACCAGCACGUGGCUGAGAGGAUACGCAAUAGCGUAGACACCUUCACUGAUGCCUUCCCAGCCGUGCUUGAGAUUCCAAGCAAGGACCAUCCUUACGACCCCGAGAAGGAUAGUGUAUUACGACGAGUGAGAAGGCUGUUUGGCGAGUAG